AUGACCGACAGUAGAGCGAGUGUUAAAUCAGCGUGGGAAAGCACCGCCCCACAGUACUCCGGCAAUGUCAGAUCCAAGGAAAAGUUAGUUUUGUAUUUUUUGUUUCCACUACGUUCGAAAAUACUUGUUUAGUCGCAAAAGUUUUGAAGGGCUUGAUUAUGGAAAACGGUUCAUUGUUCCGAAAAACUCGAGAAGGAUUUUUGAACAGAGUUCAGUAGGACCUUCGAAAAAUAAUUUUUUUGAAUAAAUAAAGCUUUUUUUCUAUAGGAUUCUGCCUUCGAAAGAUAAGCGGAACAUUCUGAUCACCUCAGCGUUGCCCUAUGUGAACAAUGUUCCUCACCUUGGAAAUAUCAUCGGUUGCGUUUUGAGUGCUGACGUUUUUGCAAGGUUUCAAUACAAUUAAAGUUUCUUCAGAGAUAAUUCGAAAAUUUCAGAUAUUCACGUCUUAGAGGCCAUCAAACGUUGUACAUUGCAGGAACCGAUGAGUACGGUACCGCCACUGAAACUAAGGUUUGCUAAAAGAUAAAAAUAUAAUAAAUUUUGAGGUUCAAGGCUUUGCAAGACGGCGUCACCCCGAAGGAACUCUGCGACAAGUACCACCAUGUCCACAAAGAGAUUUACGAAUGGUUCAACAUCGAGUUUGACAAUUUCGGCCGUACCACCACCGAACAGCAGACAGAGUUGGCAAAGACCCGCAAAUUGAUAUUUUAUUUCAUCUUUGUUCAGAAUUUGCCAAGACAUCUUUUACAAGUUGCAAAAGAACGGCUUCACGUCGAUCAAGUCGGUGGACCAACUCUACUGUGGGACUUGUGAGAAGUGAGCUGUCAAAUGAGAUGUUUGAUUGAAGAACAAUAAGUUGUCAAAAUUAACCUACUUUAUUGAGACUGUAAAGUGAGAUAAAAGGGAAAGCAACAGCUAUAUUUUUUCUCGUAUAUGUCUGAUUCUGAGGAACAGGCAAACUUUAUUAAAUUCCAGAACCUUGAAGCAAAAUCUAAAAAUUGUUGAAUUUUACCGGUUUUUUUUUCUCAGAUUUUUGGCUGACCGUUUCGUCACCGGAACUUGCCCAACUUGUUCUUACUAUGACGCUCGAGGUGACCAAUGUGAUGCUUGUGGGAGACUCAUCAACGCUGUCGAGUUGAUUGAGGUUCUUUUUUCUUUUUUCUGAAGUUUUUUCAUGAUUUGUUUUCAGCCACAAUGUCACAUUUGCAAGAACAGGCCUCAUGUCCGCGAAUCGACGCAUAUUUUCAUUGAUUUGGACAAGUUGCAGGUUUUGCUUGUCCCUUAUGAACCCUAUAAAAUUAAUUUUUUUAAGGAUUCGGCUCGUGAUCACGUCCUGAAACAGUUGGAUCGGCCUGAUCACAGGUGGUCCCCCAACGCGAUUAGUAUUGUCAAGGCUUGGCUUAAAGUAGGUUAUUUCCUCAAGGAACAAAAAUUUAGGGAAAAUUUGACGUUUCUCAUCAAAGAAUCCAUUUUUAGACCGGGUUCGAGCCAAGAUGUAUUACUCGUGACUUGAAAUGGGGAGUUCCGGUUCCGAAAGAGUUUUUGGAGAAUAAGGUUUGUUUUUUUGUAAAAUAAUUUGAAUAUUUUAAUAAAAAAAAUAAAAAAAUCUUUGUCAUAAUUUUUUUAAAUUUUUCGCUUUUUCUCAUUUUUUUAUUCAACUGAGAAAAGGUUUUAAAAUUUAAUUUUCCAGGUUUUCUACGUUUGGUACGACGCGCCGGUCGGCUACCUUUCCAUUACGAAGUGUCUUCUUGACGAUGACUGGGAGAAGUGGUGGAAAAAUCCGGAGAACGUCGAACUCUACAACUUUGUUGGAAAGGUUGGGGUUUUUAUUUGUGAAAUUGUGAAAUAAAAGAGGCUCAAAUUUUGGCUGGGUAGAAGCUUUGACGACCUUUUUAGGGCCAAUCUUUGAAAUUGUGUAUGUUGCUAUUUUAAAAGAAUCUUUGACAGGAUUUUUUCGGAAAAUUAAGAGAUGCAGAAAAAGUGCAAAAUUGUGAAAGGUUAUUGAAAAUCAUCAAGCUCAAAAAUUUUUCACAAGUCGAAAAUAGAUCAUUUUUACAGAAAAAAGUUCUAAAAAGUCUUUAAAAGAGUCUUUGCAGCUGAAAUCAAGCCCAAAUUACUAGGUGAAAAAUUAGCCUAUUAUGAAAGAAAAGUCAAGAAAAAUUUUUUUCAAUGAUACAGAAAUUGAAGAUGCUCAAAAAUUAAUAUAUUUUACAGGACAAUGUCGCAUUUCACGCCGUCAUGUUCCCCUGCACGCAGAUCGGAACCCAGGACAACUACACGAUCGUUAACAAUCUCUGCGCCACCGAAUAUCUAAACUACGAAGACAGCAAGUUCAGGUUGGAGAUGAUCAGAAUCCUCGUUGUAAUUAGGAAAGAGUUCAGCAAGUCCCGAGGAACCGGAGUUUUCGGAGACUCGGCUAGGGACACUGGAAUCCCUGCGGACAUCUGGCGAUUCUACCUGCUCUACAUGCGUCCAGAGGCCCAGGACACCGUUUUCAGUUGGGACGACUUUGCCGCCAAGGUUCCGCGGAAAAGCUUGGUUUUACUGAAAAAAGUUGUUGAAGGUGAACAGUGAGCUCUUGAACAACCUCGGAAACUUCAUCAAUCGCGCUCUUUCGUUCCUCUCCAACAAUUUUGGCGGGGUCGUUCCGGAGAUCAACCUGACCGACGAGGAUCUGGAGCUUCUGCAGGGCGUCAAGGUAAAGCUUUUUCUGGGAUUUUCGAAUUUUAGGAAAGACACAAAAUUUCAUGUGACAAUGGGCUGUAUCGGGGUUUGAAGCUAUUUUUUAAAAAAUAAACUGAAAUCUGUAUGAAUUUAAAUAAUCUUUUCAGUUAGGUCUUUUGAUAGUUAUAUUCAUUACAGUGAUCGUACGAUUUUCAAUAAUAAUUAGUUUGAAAAAGGCUCUUUUUUCAAAACUGUCGAUACACGUCGUUCUUAAAGUGCAGUAAAAUCAUCUGUUGCUCCAUUUUUAAAAGUUGAAUUCAGGAGGACAGCGACGAAUGGGACAGCCUUUUCGAUGCGGUCCGUCUGAAGGACGCCGUGAAAAGCGUCCUGAACGUCUCUCGCAGAGGAAACCAGUACAUGCAGGCGCAGACGCCGUGGGUCCUCGCCAAGGGAACUCCCGAGGAAAAGUUGGCGAAAGUCGUUGUGAAAGUCUCCCAACCGUUUGCUUGUGUAGAGCGAGAGCCGGCACGGUCAUCGGCGUCGCCGCCAACAUUGCUUUCCACAUUUCUGUCUUGCUCCAUCCCUUCAUGCCGCACGUCUCCAGGACCAUCCGACAGCAGUGCGGCUUGGACGACCUUCCCACCUUUUCCUCGUCUCCUCUUGCCUACCUGAAACCUGGACAUAAGAUUGGCCAGGUUCGAUCUCUCUCUCUCCUUUUCCUGAGCCAUCAGUCAACUUUUUCAGCCUUCUCCACUUUUUGAAAAGCUUGAAGCGGCUAAAAUCAACGAGUUUAAAGUCAAGUUUGGCGGUUCUCCGUCGGCCGCCGAAAAAGAUGCGAAAGUCGGCAAAAAUGAGAAGAAAGGUGGGAAUUGAGGGGCAGGAAAAACUAGCAAAGUAUCUCUGAUGAUCACGGUUUUUGCCUACUUUGAGUACAUUUUGACAUACAGUUGCGGACCCAGCUGUCCAAACGACUUCUGCUCUGCAAAAUCUGGAUUUGGACGCCGCAUCUGAAGCUCCUUCGAACAUUCCCGUCACGGCGUCUUCUUGAAUAAUUUAUUCGUCGUUUUUUUCAUUUGUAAAUUUUAUUGCACAACUGGUUCCCAGAGCUUUAAUCAAUAAAGCGCCCGAUGCGUGAGGAUCAACGAGCUGUCAUCGAAAAUUUUGAAUCGAUUUUAGCAGAUAUUAUCGAGAAAGACACAGAAAGGACGCAAAACAGAAGAUUAAGAAAACGAAACUUUUGAAAUCCGUGCAGUUAAGAAUUGAAAAGCGAGUGAUAACUCGUAUUUGUCCUCCGGACGGAAGAAAGGUGUUUCCUUUUUCUGUUGUCUGAAUUCUGAACUCUGACUUCUUCCUCAUAUUUCCGCUUGGCCAAGCUUCCUCUUGCGUUUUCCGCCCAUUCCUUCUUAUUUCUGGUGUUGGUUUUCAAAGAACGAAUCCGUGAAGAGUUUCGGCAUGACGCGAAGAGUUGAUAACAAAUUACGUCUGACCGAUAUCGCCUUUGAACAUCUCAAGAAGCUUUGAAGAUAUUUAGUUUAAUCAUUGACGAUGUCCGUUUCUGGAGAACUAUAAGUUUAGAAAUGAAUGAGGUUUUCGUUCAAUAAGGUCCGGAUAUCUUUCAUCGAUAAAUUUCCUAAAAACUCAAAUGCUCUGUUACUUUCUUUUUUUCAAUAUUUUUUUGUUUUUUUAAAAAAAUAAUAGGGCUCAAUGAUGGCUCUGGCAAUUUGAAGAGCUUUUAUGGAAUUUUUUUUCGUAAAGUCAAGGUCUGUUCUUUUCCUAAAAGAACCCGUUUGUGAUUCGGUUUUUCUUUAAAAAUUUUAAUGGUUGGCGAAGCUUUCUGGGUUGUUCAAAGGUGCAGUCGAAUCAAAACUAGCAAAGGUCUUUAUCCUGAAGUUUUCACGAAUGUUUCCGAAUAGAGAGAUUGAAACCGUGAAAAGCAGUUUAAAGUGCAUAAGUUGUUCAAUGGAGAAACGAAAAAUCUCAGAAUGCUCCGAAGAGGAAAUUUUGCAACUUUGAAGCGUUUUUGAACGCUCAACAAACACACUGUUUGAUUUCGAGACGUUUUCUGUACGCCAUUAUCUAAUUUCACAUUUUUCUCUAUACUUGUAGCCUCCAAAAAAAGCUCAUUUUUCGUCACUAUCCUUUGCUUCUGCACUUCGAAAAAUUUUUGAAACGAUCGUCGCCUUAUUUUCGUUGCGAAUUAGUUUCGUGUCGUCCUUUCUCUGAUAAGCCAUUAGUAACUGUGAGAUAUUUGCAGAGAAGAAGCAGUCGAAAAAAGUGGAAAAGAAACCUCCGAAGAUCGACAUGAGCUCGAGAGUCUAUCCGGUCCUUGCCAAAAACCAACAGACAAUUCAGCAGUUGCUCGAGGCGAACCUCAAAAAGUUCCAACAGGCUCGUGAGUUUUCAAAGAGUUGUAAGCAUCAAAAAACAAUUAUAAAAGUUUAGGAUCUCUUUUCAUCAAAGAGAAGUUGUCCCAUCUCGAAGAGGAGAACAAACGCCUGGAAACGGAGGUUCAGAAUCUCCAGAAACAACUCGUCGCGGCUGAGAUUGCUGGUGGAGGUUUGUUACUGAACAAAAAUUGAUGGAGUUUCUUUUUUUUUAGUCAAGCAAGUUGAAAGGACUAAGAGACAAGAUUCUGUGAAGGUUGAUGGAGCAACAGCUCCGCCGACAGCUCCCGUCAAAACUUCAGAGGCUCCUGUAAAGAAGGAGAAGAAGGAGACCGCCAAGAAGUCCGACGGGGGAAAAGCCGCUGCAGGUAUAGCUCUUACCUUUUUUGAUUGAGAUCUAAUGGUAAGUAAACCAAAAAACGCUAAACUCCGCCCAUUUCUGGGCGUGAAGAACCUACGUCUAGAAAAGUAGAAAGCGAGAUAAGAAUAUCACUAAAACCUUAAAGGAGGCGAAGAUACGAUCGACAUUGGCCGAUUAGACCUCCGUGUUGGACGGAUCAUCCACUGCGAGAAACACCCGGACGCCGACGCGCUCUACGUCGAAAAGAUCGACGUUGGCGAGGCCGAGCCGAGAACUGUCGUCUCCGGUUUGGUCAAGCACGUUCCUUUGGACCAGGUCAAUAUUUUUUCGACGGAAUAUUUUUUUUUACUGUAGCUAGUAUUAAAAGGAAAAAGUAGACUCAUGAAAAUAUUUCUAAAAAAAGUUGAACCUCCUGGUUCCAGAUGUGUGGAACAUGAAUCGAAAGACAGUUGACAAACCAAUUCUGAAUUUUUGAGAAGAAAGCUUCUAUCUUCUCUGUAGGUGGUUCUUACCAGGGUUUUUCAGAUGCAAAACCGUCUGGUGGUGGUGAUGUGCAACCUGAAGCCGGCCAAGAUGAGAGGCGUCGAGUCAAGGGCCAUGGUGAUGUGUGCCUCGUCGCCCGAAAAGGUCGAGAUCAUGGAGGUGGCUCCCGAUUCGAAGCCCGGAACUCCCGUUCUUUGCCCGCCUUUCGAGCAUCGACCUGACGCUCAGCUCAACCCCAAGAAAAAGGUUUUCGUAUCCACUAUUCACUUCUCAUUUCCACGUUUUUCAGAUCUGGGAAACUGUAGCCGAAGACCUGAAAGUCUCCAGAGACGGAUUCGCCGUUUGGAAGGAAAAUCCGCUCUUGGUCGGAGGAGUUAGCAAAAUGACGGCGCCUACUCUUCGCGGUGUCUUCGUCAAAUAAUCAACCAUAUCCCCGAAAUAGCCUUCUUUUUGUUAUUGUUUGUUUCUAGACAUUGUUUUGUUCUUGUUAUUAAUAAUAGAGAAGAACUCGCUUUAUCAUUUACUUGUUUGGAAACGGUUUUUUCGGUGUGCUUCAAAUCCCAGCGUUAUUUAUUUCUUUCAAGUGUUUUCUUGGUAUAAAGCAUUUUUAUCUAAGUUCGGGUAGUUUUCGAAAGAAAAAAAUGUUAGUGCCAUUGAAAAUUAUUUAUGAUUUUGGUUGUUUAAAAAAAAAAUAAUUUGAGAGCUGUUAUCGUAGUUCUAUUAUUUGGAUUCUUUAAACUUUCCAGCAAGGUUCAUCUAGGUUUUUGCUUCGACUUUUUGAAAACUUAGUUUAAGUUCCAUUUUUCGUAUCUUUUUUCUAUCUAGCAAGGAAUUCAUUCAUGAUGAUAUUUGAGGGUUUUUGAAGGCUCAGGUUAGAUCUUGUGAGACAUACGGGUACAAACUCACGGUUAGGCGCAGACUUGUUCUGCGCCAUUUGGGUUUAGGUUGGGUUGGAAAAAAAAGGCGUUAUGAUAACUUUCUCUCUUUUUAGGAUUUUUUGAAAAAAAAAAACUGAAUAGCAUCAUUCGAGCCGUUUUUGAGAUACGGUGGCUCAAAGAUUUUGUUUGAAAUUUCGUUGAAAAGGCUUUUCGGAACUUGAAGGAACCUAGAAAACUUUUUCAAUAGUAUAUUAAUGACUCAAUUGAAGGAUGAGUUCUGUAAAGAAGAAGAAGUCCUCGCAAGGGCUGGACGACGAAAGAUUCAAAAGGAUUCGCUCGGAUCCCCUUUUCAGUGGGUUGAAAAACACACAGAAAAAGGUGAAACCAGGUUUUGAAAUCUAAAUUUGGGAACGGUGCGUAGGUCGUCAUCGACAAAAGAUUCGCCGCCGCUCUGACCGAUGAGAAGUUUUCCAGCCGCGCCAAGGUCGAUAUGCGGGGCCGGAAAAUGAAAUCUCGCAUAGGUUUUCGAUGCAAAAAAUAAUCGAAAAUCAAAAUUCGUUCAGGAAACGACAUGCUCGAUUUAUACGAGCUGGAAGAUGAUGCUCCUGGAGGAUCGAAGCAGAAAAGCCCUGAGAAAAAGAGCAAAAAAGAGAAAAAGGCAGAGGAGGACGCGGUUUGAGUGGAAACGGGAAUAUGAGAUAUUUUCUGGUUUUUAGGUUUUGGAUUUUUUCGACGAAGACGCUGAACAUGUUGAGGAAGAGGAAAGUCCUGAGGAAGCUUCUGAUGACGAAGAGAUUCCGGAAAAAAACCGAGAAAAAGUUAGUAAUUUUUUUACAAUACAUUUCCCUCUUUUUAUUUUUGAAUGGUAGCAUGGAAUCUUUUUUUACGGUGUUAAUGUUCAAUUUUUUUUUACCAAAGUCUGCUGAAAAUCUUUAUCAUUUUUUCAAGUUUCUGAUAUAAGUUUCCAGCCAAUCGAAUACUAACUUUUCUUUACUUUCUUUACUUUCUUUACUCUUUUAAUACUUUUUUUAAAAAUGUUUUUCCGCCUUCAAAGUGAGGAAAACGUCCAAGAAAAUGGUUAUUUCGUCUUUUUUUAAGAUUUUCUUUUCCCAGCUCGCUCUGUGAAAAGAUCGAUUGUCUACUGCAUUUUUAAAGAUCAAAAUAAUAUUCACUUGGUUUUUUUUCCUCAGCUCGCUCUGCUUUCAUUUUUCGAAACACCCAUGAAUGAAAAUAAUAUUUUGCACUUUUUGUAGUUGGAUUUGGCUCGUGGUACCGGAAAUGUGUCAUCCUCUUCGGACGACGACAGCUCAGAUGAAGAUGAAGAAGGUUUUUUUUGUCAUUUAUGAAGGUUUAUUUGAAUUCUUCAAUUUUCCAGAAGGCUUGGAUCUCGAUGAGAAAGCGCGAAUGGAGCUGGAUUUGGCCAGGCUAGACAAGUAAAGACGGCAAAUUUGGCGGUGCUCAAUAUUUCGAUUCAGGGAUGCCGAGGAGGUCGAGUGGGUCAGCCGGCGAUUGGCAGUCUGCCAUCUCGACUGGGACGUCGUCAGAUGCGAGGACAUCCUCAUGCUCGUCAAGUCUUUCGUGUAAUCUUUUCAUUUACUCUUGUUAUAGUCUGUUCAGAUUUUUGAAAACUCAAUUCAUUACUCAAACUCCGCCCCUUAUGCGUAGAUCAAACCAAUCAGAGAGCGAGACAUUCACACAGCGUUCUUAGGGGCGGGGUUUGAUGCUUGAAAUUCAUAAUCUGAACAGACUAUUAAUUAUAUUUUUAUUAGAAUCCUGAUAAAAAAACUUGAAAAACUGGUAUCAUUGGCGGUAAGAAAAGAGGUUAUUUCAAGCGGAAAAGGCUGUCACUUGAUUUGAAAUGUUUCAAUUUCUUUGAAUAUAUGCUGAUCAGAUCAAUUAGAAUAAAUUAGAUUAUUUUUCUAUAGAUUAGUCCUGAAAUUGUCAAUCAGCAGUUAUUUUUAAUUUAUUGGGAUCGAGAGCCUCGUAUCGAGGAGGUUCUUUGCUAGUUUCCAGGAACUCGCAAAGCUUCGAGAAGACUUCCAGCUAUUAUUAUCGCUGAAAACCGGUUUUAGAGAAUCAUUUUUUGCAGACCGAGCGGCGGAUCGGUCACUUCAGUGCGCAUCUACCGAUCCGAGUUCGGCAAGGAGCAGCUGGCUUUGGAAGAGAAAAACGGACCUCCGCUCAAACUCAACAAGCCUCUGGACCAGUACAACGAGAGUGAUGAGCUCGACAGGUUCGUUUCAUUUUAUUCCUAGAAAUAUCAAACAUUUUUUUAGUGAGACCAAACUGGCGAUCCGCCGGUACCUCCUGGACCGACUCAAGUAUUUCUACGCGGUCGUCGAGUUCGACACCGAGGCGACGGCUUCUGCGGUCUACGAGGAGUGUGACGGAUUCCAGUUCGAGGAGACCGGCCUCAAGAUGGACAUGCGCUUCAUUCCUGACGAUAUGGAGUUCGAGGUCUGCCUAUUUUGUGAAAAAAUAAAAUGGAAAAAAGGAAAAGGUUUUUGAGCUUUUGAACUUGCGCUAUAGUUCAUUAACCUCAAGUUGAGACAGUGAUUUUCUACGUCUCCUUUCUCAGAAAAUCUUUGUCUUUGUAGAUUAUACGUUGGAUUAUUUGAUAGUUAGAAAGCACUGGUAAGUAGAAGACCGUCUAGAGAGGGAGAGAAAACGGCAACUCUCUUCUUGUCAAACGCUCUCUAGUUUUAGAAAACUGGAAAAUCAAUAAUUCAGGCAAGACUUCAUUUAAAAUUCAUGGUGCUAUCACCUCUGAAAUGAGAGAAAAGAGAGCGCAGACAGUUCAUGGGAAUGGACGAAUAAAGGAAAAAUUUAAAUAAAGAUCGAAAAAAGCUUCAAAAAUUCCUAUAAAUUAACCAUAGGGCACACUUUGACCAGUGUUAAGGCAAUUUUCCUGGCUUUUCUCAUCACUUCCCACCACCAUACAACGAAAAAGGCCGAAUUUCUGAUAUUGUAGAAAGAAGACGAACGAGAAAGCCUCAAUCCGUCGGACAUCAACGUGCACAAGUACAAGCCGAAAAAGAGUGUACGAUCAUUUUUCACAAAAAAAAACGACGCCAUAUCGAAGUUUUAGCUGAAACAGACGAUUUCCUCGACGUCGACGACCAUCAAUUGGGACGAAGACGAUCCACAGCGGAGCAAGCGGUUCCAGGCCGCCUUCGCGUAAGGGAAAAGUAGAUGAUCCGCCCGGAAAGCUCGAACAUUCAGUGAUGACGCGGAAGAUGCUGGCAAAGACUUGAUCGCGAGUUCCGACGAGGAAGGCGAAGAGGAGACGAAAAGGAGACGCGACGCUCUGUUGGGCCUUCUCGAUGACGAUGGUCCUAAGGGAGAGUUGAAGGUAUAUUUUCGAAGCAAAUUCGGAAUGGCUCAGUGUGUUACGGUCUCUGGCCAAGAGCGAACUAUCGUCCACAAAAUUGAGCUUCUUCGAAAUUUUCUUUCAACUUUAUAAGCUCAUUUGUCCGAAAUCCUUCUUAAAAAAAAGACCAGAGUAAGAAAUACUAGUAAUUUAGUUCCGCAUUUUUUCCACGUUACACUGUGAGCUAUAGCGAUGUCCACAAGAAGAUUCAAACAAAAAAAACCACAAAAAUCGAGUUUCAGGUCGAUUGGAGUGAUAAAGACUCCGACGGAGAAGAAAGCGACGAUGAAAUGGAAGAAAAGCCGCAGAGCUCGCGCGAUGAAAAGAUUGAAGUCGGACCCCCGGAAGAUGGCGAGGAGAGCUCGGAUGGAGAAUACGUGGCCGUGGACGAAGACGCCGAUGAGAUCGGCAUCCCGAAGAAAGGAGUCAAGCGAGGAGCUCCGGAAGGAGACGAGGACGAGCUGGAGGAGCCCAAGGAGAAAAAGGUUCCUUUUUUCGGAAAUAAACUCGACACAAGGCCAUUUUUUUGUUUCAAUCGACUCUUAUGUAAAAGUUCUUCACAAGUCAACGAUCUUCCGAAAUAUUCUUUUGUAAAAUUUGAAAAAAGAACGAUUUCAACUUUUUUUUUUUUCAGGAUCUUUGAUUUCUGAUUUUCACGCCAAUUUUCAAAUCCGAAUUGAAAUUUUCGAAUGUUUUAAUUCAGAAAGCAAGCUUUUCAAAAAAUAACGAUAUUAUCUAUCAACCUGAAAACGAAGAAAAAAGGAGUAUAUCAUUAUUUUUUUCAAUGUUGUUUAGCAAUGCGACCCGUUUGGUCAGCUUAUAACAAUUUCAUAAUGAAGCUCGACUUUUGCAGAAGUCGGGCUACAAAGAAUACCUGGAGAAGAGGAAAGCGAAACGUUCCGAAAAGAAAAUGGCCCGUCGUGGCGGCGCAGCGGCCGUUUCUUCCAUUUCUCAGGUUAUUAAAGAAAUCGAAGCUCGAAAUACUUAGAUACUUACUUAGAUACUUAGAUGGUCCAUCUUCGCUUUCGACCUUUUAUUGCCUUUUAGUGCCUUUUAUUGAUCGAAGCGUGGACCACACGUUUUCCAGGAGGUCUUAUGCAAUCGGUCAUCCAGUUUUGUCGUCCUGGUUGACUGGUAUUCUUGCGAAAAAGUUCCAUCCGUGGUGUUGAACGUGUUAUAGCAUAAUUUUGGUCUGAUUAUCCUUUUUGCCUUGCCAGGGCUAAAAAAGACCGCCCAUUCUGUUAGCAGAAGCAAGCCGAACUGCGUGACCGGUGUACCGUUAGCCGCCAUAAAUGGCGUUGCCUCCCCAUCACCACGUAGAGGUGGUACUUGAAGCUCGAAAUAAUUUGGAUUUUUCCAGCCAUCGACCAUCAAAAACGCCCAGCUCACGGAGUCGAUCGCCCAGGACGACCGUUUCAAGGCUCUUUUCACGGACAGCGCAUUUGCCAUCGACCAGAGUUCCAAGAAAUUCAAGGUAAGGAAGUAUUGACUUUUGUUAUAUUUGGCUCCUAAUUUAUAGGGAGGAUCGUUGAUAGCCAAGCAGGCAGCCUCGAAAACCCAAAACCAAACUACAAACGAAUUCGAUUCGAAACCCAUCAACACUUCCAACGGCGGCGCGGAGGACCUUGUCAGCAAGUUGAAGAAAAAGUCGAAAAACUGGAAAAAGUGA